CCCAACGCCGUCAAAAUGAUCGUUAAUUCCGAGCCACAUAUAAAUUCUCGGUUCACCAUUUGAGAGCUAUUUCUCACAUUCGUGGUGGUUUGUUUGGGCAGCUUCUCAGAUCUGCCCCCUCUAAGCUUCUCCUUCAAUCCUCUCCUCCAUCUUUACCAUCCAAGACAAAAAGAUGGGGUUGUCUUUCACCAAGCUUUUUAGUCGGCUUUUUGCCAAGAAAGAGAUGCGAAUUCUUAUGGUUGGUCUCGAUGCUGCCGGUAAAACCACCAUCUUGUACAAGCUCAAGCUUGGAGAGAUUGUAACAACCAUUCCCACAAUUGGAUUCAAUGUGGAGACUGUUGAAUAUAAGAACAUUAGCUUUACUGUUUGGGAUGUUGGUGGCCAGGACAAGAUUCGACCUCUGUGGAGACACUAUUUCCAGAAUACCCAAGGGCUCAUCUUUGUGGUUGACAGCAAUGAUCGUGACCGUGUAGUUGAGGCCAGGGAUGAGCUGCACCGCAUGUUGAAUGAGGAUGAGUUGCGGGAUGCAGUGCUUCUUGUAUUUGCCAACAAACAGGACCUUCCAAAUGCCAUGAAUGCAGCUGAGAUCACUGACAAGCUUGGUCUCCACUCCCUUCGACAACGUCACUGGUAUAUCCAGAGCACAUGUGCCACCUCUGGGGAAGGGCUCUAUGAGGGACUGGAUUGGCUCUCCAACAAUAUUGCUAACAAGGCAUAAAAGAUCAAUGAAUAUCGUUGAACCUUUUGGACUGCAUUCUGUUAAUUUGGGAUGGCUGCUCUGAUAUUUGGUGUUGAUGGAUUUAUUGCUAUGUUAAUGCCCUGAGAAUGUAUCUGUUCAGUUGUUUUUUGUUACCAAAAUGAUAGAAAUUGGCAUUUUGUUAUGUAGAUUCUAUAAUAAUUCAUGGUUCACAGUUUAUAGUA